GAAACUCCAAUAUUCUCCAAUAUUAUUUUCACUAGUGAGAGAAAAAAAUGGAUGCAUUCAGAGCACUUGGAAAUGAGUCGCUGUUGUCUGGUUUCUCUGGUCCUGGCAGAUGGGAUCCCUUUCGUCGUCCCUUGGAUUCCAUCCAGCCCUGGCACUUCAGGCUUCUGGCAGCAGUAAUGCUGGUGGUGACCUCCCUGUCACUUGCUGAGAACCUGGCUGUGAUCCUGGUAACUUUUAAGUUCAAGCAGUUGAGACAACCUGUCAAUUAUGUUAUAGUGAAUUUAUCUGUGGCUGAUUUUCUGGUCUCAUUGACUGGUGGCACCAUCAGCUUUUUAGCCAAUCUAAAAGGUUAUUUUUAUAUGGGAUACUGGGCUUGUGUACUGGAAGGAUUUGCUGUCACAUUUUUUGGUAUUGUUGCUCUCUGGUCUCUUGCGCUUUUGGCUUUUGAGCGGUACAUAGUGAUCUGCCACCCACUGGGAAAUAUGCGCUUGAAGGGGAAGCAUGCUGCCUUAGGUAUUGCCUUUGUGUGGACCUUUUCCUUCCUUUGGACCAUCCCACCAACUAUGGGUUGGAGCAGCUACACCACCAGUAAGAUUGGAACUACUUGCGAGCCUAACUGGUAUUCGGGAGCUUAUACUGAUCAUACCUACAUUAUUGCAUUUUUCACCACCUGUUUUAUAGUGCCUUUAUUGGUAAUUUUGGUAUCCUAUGGAAAACUGAUGCAGAAGCUAAGAAAGGUGUCAGAUACUCAAUGCAGGCUGGGAACUACCAGGAAACCUGAAAGACAAGUGGCUAGAAUGGUUAUUGUUAUGAUCAUUGCAUUUCUAAUCUGCUGGAUGCCGUAUGCUGCCUUUUCUAUCCUAGUCACUGCAUAUCCUUCCAUUGAAUUGGAUCCUCGUCUGGCAGCAAUUCCAGCUUUCUUUUCCAAAACAGCUACCGUUUAUAAUCCAAUUAUUUAUGUCUUUAUGAACAAACAGUUCAGGAAGUGUCUGGUUGAGAUGUUCAGCUGCAGUGCCAUAGAGACUGCAGAGUCCAACAUGAACCCGACUUCAGAGAGAGCAAUGCUAACCCAGGACAAAAGAGGCAGUGAGUUGUCCGUCAUGGCAGUAUGUAGCACCGUUUCUAAGAGGAAAACUGGAGAUGAACACAGAAAUUGCCCUUCUCUUGCUCAGUUGGCAGCUUCAGAAAAUAAAAUCUGGCCCAUGUAGGGAGUGAGAUGUGAUCAUUAAUGCAGUACUACAGCAUAUUUCCUUGUUACCAUCACUUCAUAUAAAAAAUGUCAUGGCAGACAUUAUGCUCAGUCCUGUGGACACUGGCUUUGAGAUUCUGAGCUCCUGAGUGAAUGUACAAGUUUCUUGGCUCUGCAGUUGCAGUCAAACGCCCAGCCAAAAAGUUAGUCCCUUCCUCUAUUAUGUUAGUCCUCUAUUAUCCACAGCCUGCUUGCCCCGGUAAUAAAACUAGAGAAGCCCAAUAUUUUUAUGCUGGCAUGUGACACAAUAAGGAUAAGAGAGUUUUACACUGAUGACUGCUCCUUGGUUAGCUGGGCAGAAACAUGAAGUGGUACAUGGCUUCAACAUGCUAAUGGAAAAUGAAUAAUAUUUAGCAUACAACUGACUGAAGUUCAACCAAGUGGAGAUUCAGAGAGAGGCAGGCCUGUGCGUUUUUUGGUUUGUUUCAGAAUUUUUACUUAAAACAAACAAACAAAAAGCCUAAGGCUUCUGCACUUAUGUCUGUCCCUGGUGAAAACAUCAUCUGCAGCAAGUCAGGUGAGCUGUUUAGACUUCCAAGGACUAGUUUAUUAAAAAAAUCUCCAUCAAGAGUCAUUCAUAUCCUCCUUCUUCAUUCCCUCGUUGUUAGGAAAACUUCUGUGCCCAUAGCAACUUCUGAAAUCAACUCAACUUUAGCAGAGAAGGUAGGAUAUAGAAAACUGUGCAGGAAUACUGAAGAAAGGGCCAGUAGCACUGCUUGAGUUCUGAAGCUGAGCUUUGUAGUACAGAAGUUUUUCACUGUAUGUCCUUGCAACGUGCAGAGCUAAGAUCUAUCAUGUUCUUGAGAUCACGUAGCUCCAGGAGACAACUAUUAUUUCUGUUUUUUAAUCAUAGAAUGGUUUGAGUUGGAAAGGACCCUUAAAGAUCAUCUAGUUCAACCCCCUGCCAUGGGCAGGGACAUCUCUCACUAGACCAGGUUGCUCAAAGCCCCAUCCAACCUGAACUCGAACACUUCCAGGGAUGGGGCAUCCACAGCUUCUCUUGGCAACCUGUUUCAGUACCUCACUACCCUAAUAGUGCUCCACAGUGAGGAUAUUCUUCCUUGUAUCUAACCUAAAUCUAUCCUCUUUCAGUUUAAAACCAUUGCCCCUAGUCCUGUCACUACAGGCACUUGUAAAAUGUCUCCCUCCAUCUUUCUUAUAAGCCUCCUUUAAGUAUUGCAAGACUGCAAUAAGGUCACCCUGGAACCUUCUCUUUUCUAGGUCAAACACUCCCAUGUCUCUCAGCCUUAAAGAAAAAGCUGUGUGCACAAGCAAAGCAAAAGGGGGAAUUUAUUUACUACUUCCCAUUGGCAGGCAGGUGUUCAGCCAUCUACAGGAAAACAAUGCCCAUCACAUAUAACACUUUCUCGGGAAGACAAACACCAAAGACAAAUGCCCUUCCCCCCUGCCAAGACCCCAUUGUUCCUUCUUUACCCCAGUUUUCUUGUUCUUCAUGAAGCCAUGUAGUAUGGGAUAUCCCUUUGGCCAGUUGGGGUCAGCUGUCUUGUCUCUGUCCCCUCCCUGCUCCUUGUGCACCCCCAGCCUCCUCACUGGGAGAGUGGUGGGAGAAGCUGAAAAGUCUGUGACUUACUGCCGGCACUGUUCAGGAACAACCAAACUAUCAAUGUGUUAUCAACAUUAUUUUCACCACAAAUCCAAAACAUACCAUCAUACAAGCCUCUACAAAAAAAACCAAAACCAAAACAAAACAAAACACUAUCCCAGCCGAAACCAGGACACUUAACAAUUAUGAUUUCAGGAAAUUAGUGUCCAGAGUAUACAAAAAAAUACGCAUGUGCUGGGCCAUGUUACAUUGGAGCAUGGUGGAUGGCUGUGUUUCCCUUUGCACAUUUUUGCUUUUCUCUCACUUCUGAGCUAGAGCAUUUUUCAGAAAACAUAAUCAGCGUUCUAGCUGAACAGGCAACUUGCAGCAGUCAAUCACACCAUGUUGCUGUUCUCUUAGGAGCAGUUGCAUCGCUGUCCCUUCAGUCCUU